GUGACCUGUUAAAAGUAGCAGAGUAAAACUAACCUCAGGCUGUUUUAGGGCUUAUGAUGGAUCAAUUGUGCCCCUAACCUCGAGACCUAGUUCCCAACAGAGUCAACAGCACUGGACAUUAUGUUCUCUUCUCUCUUCAAGAAAACAUUGAUGAAUCAGCUCCUAUUCAUGAGGACAAGGACUACAGAUAGAGCAGCCAAAAAUAUGACCCAAGAUGGGGGAUUGGAACUUGUUGGGCAGCAUUUUAGAGGAAGUCCAUAGUCACUCCACCAUCGUGGGGAAGAUCUGGCUCACCAUCCUCUUUGUUUUCCGUAUGCUUGUACUUGGUGUCGCAGCAGAGGAUGUCUGGGACGAUGAACAGAGUGAGUUUGUUUGCAACACGGAGCAACCGGGGUGCAAGAACGUGUGCUACGACCAGGCUUUCCCCAUCUCUCUAAUCCGUUAUUGGGUACUUCAGAUCAUAUUUGUUUCCUCCCCAUCUUUAGUCUACAUGGGUCAUGCAUUGUACCAUUUGAGAACUCUUGAAAAGGAGAGGCACAGGAAAAAAGCCUUUCUGAAAGCUGAACUGGAGGUGACGGACCCUGUUCUCGAGCAAAAGCAAAUCGAGCGGGAGCUCCGAAAACUAGACGAACAGAAGAAAGUGAGGAAAGCCCCGCUUCAAGGUUCUCUUUUGCGAACGUAUGUCUUGCAUAUCUUGAUGAGAUCCGCAUUGGAAGUGUGUUUUAUCAUCGGUCAGUGUGCGCUAUAUGGCAUUGGGCUGUCUCCUCUUUUCAAAUGUGAGAGAUUGCCUUGCCCCAACAGCGUGGAUUGUUUCGUGUCACGACCAACUGAGAAAAACAUCUUCAUGGUUUUCAUGCUAGUUAUAUCUGGAGUUUCCUUAUUCCUCAACCUCCUUGAGAUCUUCCAUCUUGGGCUGAAGAAAAUCAAACAAAGUUUGCACGGUUACAUAUGCGGAGACAGCGAUAGUGUGUGCACGUCAAACAAAAACUUGGUGCAGCAUGUUUGCUUAUUCCCAGAUUCCUCCCCUCACAGACCGAUGCAACUUCCUCCGAUGGCCUGCUCAGUUAUUUCGGGCACUCGCGAAGAAACGCGGCCGCAAGCCAACAUUGACGGUCUGCAGCAUCUGAGAGCUAUGGAGAGGCAAAACGCUGUGGACACUGGGCCGCAAUCGCUCUCCAGUGACGAUUUAAAUGCACCGCAUCACUCUGGAUCACAACUCGCAAUGGUCGGCCAUGUGGACAACCGUGGAGCCCAGAGCGCUUCACAGAGAAAGCAAAGUGUCUUCAAAGAACUGAGUGGCAUAAGUGAUUGUCCCGGAUGCGACCGUCUCUCUGCAGUCCGUAAAAAUAGUUCCAUGGGCCGAAGAAUGUCUGAGGGAAGUCCAUCGGCCAGUCUAUUUUCUACGAAUGGAAUGAGUAAUAAGCCCCAGAACUUCAACAAAGAAGAGAGUCCUGUAAUGACUCCACCACCUCCAGCUAGUGGGAGGAGAAUGUCCAUGAGCAUGAUUCUUGAGCUUUCCUCCAUCAUGAAAAAAUAAGUUGUGGAAGUGGACUACAAGCUGUCUUCUAUGAAUUUUUGAUGAACUUUUCCAAGGUUAUGAACACAUUCAACAGAAGCACCUUAUUUGCACAUUUGAAUGAAGCAAGAGUUCUGCAGUUGUUAAAUGGCUCCCCUAGACAAGGGGACGCAUUCAUUCAUUCAUAUUCUGAGCCGCUUAUCCUCACGAGGGUCAUGGGGGUGCUGAAGCCAAUCCCAGCUAACUAUGGGCAGUAGGCGGGGGUACACACUGAAUCGGUUGCCAGCCAAUCGCAAGGCUUAAGGAGACUAACAACCAUUCACACACACACUCAUACAGUACCUAGGGACAAUUUAGAGUGAUCAAUCAGCCUACCAUGCAUGUUUUUGGGAUGUGCUGAAAACAAAAGGUUAAAAAAAGGAUGUGACGCUAACCUUGAAUGUUAUUGCCGUUGAAUUAACUUCUUACCUAAUCUUAGAGAUUUGAUCGUCGAUGCUUCGGGCUAAUAAGUGGGCGGGACCCAGUGACAUGCCAAUCAUGUGACAGCUGGGGACCGGUACCCGUCCGUGGCGUAUUUGCUACCUGCCGCAGAGAAAUAAUAAAUAAUUUGUUAACGAUCGCAAUCUGGCCUGGGAGUAUCCGAGUACAGAUUUGUGUACGUCGCCCUCUAGUGGUUGGCUGCCAUUACUGGGGUGUUUGCACACCUGUAGCAGUCCAGCGUCAGUCAAUGUAAGCAGUAACGUUAGCUGCUGCUGGCUGUCUGCUGCGGGUGGCACACCUCAGCAAUGGCGGGGUACUUCGGUUGUUUUGGUAGGAGUAGUCAAUAGAUAUAACAAUAAAAAACUGGAUAGAAAGUCGUCAUUGAAAUCCAUUGGAGCUUGCAUCUAGAAUCUAUUUUUUUAUAUCUAUGUGCGCUUGUCCUCGAUAAUGACACAUCAGAUUUGUCCCAGGUAUUCUGUCGAUUUGUGCUCCCCGUUGAAUUGAUAUCCAAAACUCUAAUGAGCACGCGCAUGGCCACCACACCCUCCAAGGGUUAUCACAGGUCAAAAUACCGUCAAGUUGAUCUACCAUUUUGACUGUAAUGUCUUUGCUGUUAUUGUUGCUGCAAGUGAGCAAUAGUUUUCAAGUAUAUUCUUUUUAUAGUGCCUUUUGACCACUAACCUCUGUAAGCAAUUACAUAUGCACGAAAGACUAGAAUAGAAUACUGAUGAUGUUGCCAGUGUGAAAGUUAACGUUGUAUGAUAAGCAGUAAACACGUGGGUCGCCUGGGUUUUAAAGUGCAUAUGACAUGACAAAAAAUAUCUUAAAUAGCACUAUUAUUGGAAUUAAAAUAAUAUUUUCAGACGAUUCAACUAUAUACAACAAUUUGGCAAAGCGCAGAUGACAAAAAAUGCGUUUUUAAAUCUGCCGUUUAGCUCCCCCUGUCAUCAUAGCGCUCUGGCGCGUUCAUAUUGGUAAUGACAUCAGAGAAUGACAGAUUUAGGCAGAUUUAGCAUUGAGCCCAAUGGGGGAGGAAGCCUUUUUCAGUGAUUGUGGUUCAAGUGCGGAUUUUUCGAACGAUAUUAUCGAUCCAGAGGAAUUAUGUGACAUACAGCCAUAUAUGUUUGAGUCGUAUUUGGAGGAGUCGUAAGAUUCAGAACGAGAAAAAGGCAACGGAGACAACAAACACGACACUGAUGACUAGAGCAGACUGCAUGAGCAACACAAAAUGUCAUUAUUGUUUUUAUCUCUUUACUCCAAUAUUUUUACAGGAUAUUCUUUGUAUCUAAGUAUUUUCUCCGCAAUUGCUAUAUAAAUUGUAUUGUCAUGAAAAAUAACAGUCUUGUGCUAAAUGGAAUAUAAAAUAUUAAAAAUGCAUUUGUUCAGUACGACAGGGCUAAAUUACUGCAUAAUGGUCAAAAGUGCUGAUUUCCUAAAUCUCCCGAACGGUAUUUUAUGCCACCGCAGUUAGUCAUUGUCCCUUCCAGGGACUCUGAGAUGGACGAAAGAGCAUAAAACAAAGAGGAAGGUUAGAGCUAGGCUACAUGCUAACCCAAACCGAGCGGCUAUUCCAAGUCUCUUCCUUGCAUUUCAAAAGCAAAAAAUCCCACAAAACUACUCAGACUCAUGUCACACACCGGGUGAUUGCCUUCACCGAUCGGCCAGCCUCCCGCAGCGAGCAAGUUUUGGCCCGUCAUUCCCCUGCUACGGCCUUGGCAGGCAGGAAGUGCUCAUCGCCGGAGACGCAGCAGGGGAAUGAACGCCGAAAAUGCCACAUUCUCGGUGAACAAACAGGCUGAGGUCGGAAUGCGUGGCUGCCUGAGUCCAAGCCAAAU